CCUGAGGUCCAAAGCGUGCGCCGGGCCGGUAGCUUACGGAGCCGUCAAAGGGCACGCCUGCUCGGUCAGAUUGGAUAAAGACAUGCGGUGCGUUCGAUUGGACGGACCGAAGAUAGCAAAGUCGAAGCGUUCAGACGAGUUUGCGAGAGCAUCGAGAUAGGGAAGAUGAGCGAAUGUGUGUAUGCCGCUAAAGGGUAGCUCGCCGAGAUGGGAAUAGUUGUUCACUUUCAGGAUAGAUCAGGACCAAUGCGACGCAACUCGGCACAACUUCCUCUCGCUUCACUUGAUCGCGACGAGAUGGUCGGCUUCUUCACGCCUUCGCUUGGCGCAGUCCAGGGUGCUUUCCAAACGCCAUCGUUCGGCGGCUUCAGCUCGCUCACUCGAGUGGGCGUGCUCGAUGAUGCAAAAUCAAAAGCACAGCAGCUGGAAAAGGAAGCAAAGAACGCGGCAGAUUCGGCAAGCGACAAGGCAAAGUCUGCCUACAAUGACGCACAGAGCGAACUCAGCAAAGCCGCUGGAUACGCCAAGAACGCUGCAGCGGGCGCGCCAGAGCCGAGCGGCAAGAUUCCUCUCUACUCUACCCAGUACUACUACACGUGCGCGAUUGGCGGUAUCGUUGCUUGCGGUACAACCCACGCGUUGGUCACCCCGCUCGAUCUGGUCAAAUGCAGACGUCAAGUCGACAAGAACCUCUACAAGGGCAACAUGGAUGGCUGGAGCAAGAUCUGGGCCGAGAACGGUCUACGAGGUCUCUACACCGGUGUCGGUCCCACUUUGAUUGGUUACUCCAUGCAAGGCGCAUGCAAAUACGGUUUCUACGAAUACUUCAAAAAGACUUACUCUGACAUGGCCGGCGUCGAGAACGCCAAGAAGUACAAGGAUGCCAUCUACCUUGCCGGUUCCGCCUCUGCCGAAUUCAUUGCCGAUGUUGCGCUCGUUCCCAUGGAAGCAGUCAAGGUCCGAAUUCAGACCACUAUCCCGCCUUUCGCAAAGGGCGUCGUCGACGGUACACAGAAGAUUAUCGCCGCUGAAGGCACUGGUGCUCUCUACAAAUCACUCCCGUCUCUCUGGUCUCGCCAGAUCCCUUACACGAUGAUGAAAUUCUGGUCUUUCGAAGCCACCGUCACGCAGAUCUACAAAUACCUCGGCAAGCCAAAGUCGUCUUACAACAAGCUCGAACAGCUCGGUGUCUCGUUCCUGGGCGGUUACAUUGCUGGUGUAUUCUGUGCUGUCGUCUCUCACCCCGCCGACACGAUGGUAUCCAAGCUCAACGCUGCUGGCAAGACCGGUGUGGCCAAGCCCACCGUUGGCUCGAUCUACAAGGAAAUCGGCUUCAACGGUCUCUGGGCAGGUCUCGGUACUCGUAUCGGUACGUGGAGCUUCGUACGAGCAUUUGCAAAGGUGCUCAUACGACUGCUUUCUUACAGUCAUGAUUGGCACGCUCACUGCACUGCAAUGGCUCAUUUACGACUCGGUCAAGACCUACUCGGGUCUGCCUACCACCGGUGCUGUCGAGGAGCCCCUGAAGAAGUAGGGAAGUCACAAUCUUCUGUGCUCGCAGACUGGGCUCGGUCUCAUAAUGCAAUCUCUCGUGCCACAGCGCUGCAAGCAGGUCUUGCUGCCAGCUUUCCCUGCAAGGGCAGCGCAGCGCUCUUUGAGAAGCCAGACGCGUCACUUGUCAGGCACAGAGGGGCAAACAUGUCUCGACCUGUGCAGUCAUCGGCUGGCCUGCUCACGCGCAGACGACGCCUGCCCAGACGGUCGGGUGAUGCAGUGGCGAGUGCUGCUCAGCCUUCAUCGCCGACUGCGAGCGAGCCUGUUGCCGCAUCGGCAAAGUCAUCGCCCAAGCCUGCGACAGUCAGCCUGGCUAGCAAAGAUGCCCAGCCGCUGGCGUCUACAUCAACUGUCGAUCAGCCCAAAGCGGUAGAGGUAGUCAAGAAGGCACCCUCAUUCCGCUCAAGGACACCGAGACUCAAUAUACCCUAUGUCAAUCCGCCCGUGGUGUCGAGGUCGACGGUCUUGCUCGACUCCAUCUUUGCGCUCCAUCGCCCGCUACUCGAGCUGCCAGUACCUGUCACUAACCGCAAGACGACUCGCCAUCUGCCUGUGGCUCAACUUGAAGCAGCAGACGAGGCCACGACGAGCAAGAAUCACUUAUCGCCCCUCUUGAGGAGCACAGUGGAGAGCUUCGAAGAGGAGGAGACAAGUGACGAGCUCGCCGUUGCAUCGGAAGAACACGAGGAGAUGGCAGACUACUCGCCCGCAGAAGCAGACUCUCAGGCUCUCAAACGGAAACGAUUGCGCAAAGAGCUCGAGGCUCGUAUCUUGGGCGAGCCAGACGGCCUCGAUGACCGCGUGGCUGACCAAGUCAUUCGCAUUCUCGCCGAUCGAGUGCCUUUCUCGCCACCAUCGGCUCCUGAGCCACAGACAAUCCAUAGACCGAUCAGUCCGCCACUGCGCAUGCAAAAGCCGGCGACACGUCAGCGCGAGGCGGCUUUGGCGUACCUGAAGCCUUUCAGUGGCAGAGACCAGUCAGCCGCAUCGAACUCCAAAGGCAAAGUUAGUACGGACUUCAAUGCAAUGACGUCCAGUAUCGCAGCCGGGCAGUUCUUACACGAGGCGCUCAUCUCGUCAGAAUGGAAAGGGAAGCUCGAAUGGAGCAAGAUACUAGAUGACAUGCAAGCUGCUGUACCUGGCGACAAGAAAGCUUCGCCAAGUCAGUCACAGAAGCUAUCGCGAGUGGUGCAGCAGAUCAUGAAUACUGCUCCACCGCUCGCUAGAUCUGCUUCUUCUUCCUUUCGUCGGAUGCCGAGACCUUCCCAUCUCAUUAAUGGUGGACAAGUCGUCAAGAAUCGUGAAACACCAUCAGCUGGAACAGCAACUGCCUAUAUUGCCAAUGACGCAGCCCAGGUCAACGAGAUGGUUGCUAAGCUCAGAAAGCAAGGCUUCGUCGUCGUCGAACAGUCGAGCAUAGAAGGAGCGGACAGUGUCAUCAAGGCCAUCGUCAAUCGUCUGCGGAAAGUCAUCAAGAAGGCGACGGGAGCAGACCUACCAGACCAGCGCGGUGUUACUAUGAUCAGCAUGGAGCAACCCCUCUCGAAGCGGUCGUUCGAGGCAGACUUUUUCAAGCGUAACGAUCUCGAGCGCAGCGAUUUUCUGGCCUCACUUGGCGGAACAGAGAUUACCGUCGGGACGCUCGAUGCAGAUGGUAUGCCAGCGACUAUUUUUGAGCCCCUCGGACCUCGCAGUUCGGUCGGUCGCGGUCGACGCAUCGGCAUGGACAGCGUGAAGCGAAAGCGCAAGAAGAAGAUUUCCAAGCACAAGUACAAGAAGCGCAGAAAGCUGCAGCGAGCUGAGCGCAAGCGCCUCGGCAAGUAAGCUUCUCAAAUCGUCUUUCUGGUCCAUACCAUGCGAGUCUGCGACUGAACUGUCUUGCGCAUGAUUUGGCUAGUCCCGUGUUUGCGGCCCAAUGCAUUUUCCCAAAAUCGUACAAGCACAGACAAUGCCAAUUGCUCAUGUUGCCGGGUAUAUCGAUGCGAUCAAUUCUCCUCACCAAUGCUGGACUCUGUCAAGGUACUGGUCAUACUUCGCAUGCUCGACAUCAAGCUUGAGAGCGAAGUUGAACUGCCGGAAUCUUUCGUCAGAUCGCUUCCCUCGCCGUCGUUCUGAGAGAAGCUGGACGAUUUUGUCCGGCGUUCGGAAACGAGUUGACGGAACUUGUUGGCCACCCGCUUUGCGCGGCCAAUGUAAAUGAACG